UCUUCUCUCCUGCUUCCCUCCCCUCGCUGCUUUGUGAGCACUAGCGCAAGCGAAUACAACGUAGCCCAGCAAGCAGCGGAUGGCAGGGCCAGCUAGCUACGUUGAACGAGCGGGCCUAUUUGUCCGACGCCUACGAUCUGAGUACUGUGGCCACCGCCGUCACUGUCGUAGUCUUGUCCUCUAAAGAGGACAAUUCCAGCAGCCACCACUACACUCCGCAACUAUUCGUCAUGUGAAUAUAAUUGUGAUAAGUGCGUAACAGUAAAUCUACCAGUGGGACCGUGCUGUGGUCUUUUGCUGCUGUUUCCAAGCAUAGGGAAAACGCUGCUCUUCGCGCACAGAGAAGCCGUCGUCUGGCUCGGACAGUUCUGUUGUCCAUAUAUUGGAGACGUAGACCAGGUGGAAACUCGCUGCAUUAGCAUUAUUUAGCUUCGUCGCCAGAGCUUUGGAUUUUAUUGUUGGUAGUAAUAGAAGUUAAUAUAGAGAAGCGUUUACCAAAGAAGAGUAAACGCUACAAAGGUGCACGGUAGGGAGAUUGGGUGGUAGGCGACCAGUGCAAUAAUAAUCUGACCUGGGUGUCUGUUUUCUUUUGUCUGCGUAUAUAUAUGUAGAUGUGCAUUAAAUAGCAACAAUGAACACAGUCCGGUGCGCGGAGAGCAUGUUUGAGUGAUUCACCAUGCUUUUUUUUUCUCUUCGUUGUGGAUUACUACAUUACAAUCAGUGACGUAAAAACUAGAGUACACACUUCAAGGUUUAUUCUCCGAUCUGACGCGGGUCUUGCAACGACGACGGGCCGAAAUCACACCGCUACUUCGACGGAAGACGACGACGACCACGGCAACAGUGGCUGGCAAACUACCAAGGAAAUAGUUCUGUAGGAAUUUCUGGAAAAGAUGCGCGUUUUUGCUUAUUAGUGAAUAUAGUAUGUAAAUCAUAAUGUGAAUACCAACACACUGUUGUGAAAUUCUGCUCCACGAUCGUCACUACGAAGACAGGAUUAUUGCUAUGAGCGAUGUUCGUGCUCCGGAUGGCGUCACUGUGACGGCAAUGAUUGUGGUGUGAUCCAUAACGCAAGGGGGGGGGGGGUAAAUACGCCGAAGUAGCUUGUCGCAGACGUCCGUGUAUUACGCCUUGCCACAGCUCACGUUGCCCCCGUUUUCCGUUGUCAGCCGGUCGUCACGACGAAUACCCAUUGACAAGCUAUUGGUUACGGCUACUGAGACGGCGUCGUCUUUGUCGCCAUCGGCAAGAACCGCGCCCUCCUAUUUCUAUUCAUUCGAUAAAACACCACCCCUCUCGUAACAAUGUGGAUGUAUACGCCCCUGAAGAUUUUAGGCCGAGAUGAUGGCUGGUUUACAGCUACCCUAGUCACCGGUUUGGCAGUCCUAGGAGGUGUAGUGUGUAGUGAGGCUGAGCCCUCUGGAGGGGGGCCCGACGAAGUCGUGUUCAUUGGCUUCGGUGGUACCGUGAUCGGGUGCGUGGUUCUCACUAUCACGGCGUUUCUUUUAACCGUCGGCGGCUGCCUCUGCUGUUCCGAGGAAAGACUCAAGCGCCUUUUCGGCACGAAGAAGCGACUUGUGGUAUCCAGUGGAAGCUGCGUCAGUGAUCCUACGCCUGGAGGUGCUGCCUACGCUCAGCAUAGUGGAAGCAGUCCGUCGUCGUGUCCCUCCGAGCUGACACUCUUCCCUCAUUCAGCCCCACCGCUUUCCCUUGACGUAGCCGGCCUAUGCGGCGAUCAUGAGGUGUGUUUUGAGCCUCUGCCAAAAAUCUAUUCGAGGGUGUCGUCUGCCAAUGGCAAAAGUACCUCCGUCAACAGCAGAGGUAAUAAAGGGUCAUCGCUAGAGGACGAAAAGGGCAGAAGAACCUCGCACGAGGUGCAGCGUGUCAGUCUCAACCAGAAUAUGACGGCGCUGCGGCCAGCCUAUUUCGCGCAGAGAGCUGAGCCAUCAGACAAGAAAUCCAACUGGUUCGACGACCCAUCGGCGAACUUCCCCAGACACCAGCUGCAGUACCUAAGCGAAUUGGGCACCGGCUGGUUUGGGCAAGUCGUCGCAGGUGUGGCCUCAUCAUUCGGACCAGUCGCCGUGAAGAUACUUCGAGCGGACGCUUCACCUACGGAUCACAUUCAUUUCCUGCAACAGGUAGAAGCCUUAAAAAUUUCGGAUCACCCGAACAUUGUCCGUCUAUUGGGUCGAUGCCUCGAAAGCGACCCUUUCCUUCUUAUCCUCGAACAGGGUAAAGCUGAUCUGAAAACCUACAUUAUCACGCAACCAUCUCAACUGGAAACGGCAUCUCUGCUUCGGUUCGCGCACGAUAUCGCUUCUGCAACCGAGUAUCUUCAUAAGCGUGGCUUCAUCGUUACCGACCUCGCAGCUAGAAACUGCCUUCUUAUGAAUGAUCUGCGCACAAUUAAACUUGGAGACUAUGGACUUUCGAUCGAGAAGUUCCCGCAGGAUUAUUACGCCGUAGGUGACACAGCCAUUCCGCUGCGGUGGUCUGCACCGGAAACCUUUCGGGUGAUGGAGACAGCUGUUGAGCUGCUGCCGCUAUCAAGGUCAGCCAAUGUGUGGUCGUUUGGAGUUCUACUCUGGGAGCUGGCUAAGGGUUGUCAAAGGCCGCUCGACUACCUCACCGAUGAGCAGUUCCUCCAACAAAUUGUCGUUGAGCAGAAGUGGGAUUCGGAGUAUGCACUUAAUACAAACCUGAUCGGCUUCAAUGGUCUAAUAUCAAAGUGCUGUUCGCUAGAUGAGGCGCGUAGGCCUACCACAACAGAACUUGUUAUCGAAUUGGGCGACCUAAUGUUCCAUGAGCCUGAAGAAUGCUCGCUAGGGUUCCAAAGAAGCACUUCAGUCCAUGAUAUGCUUAACGAACGCCCAGAAAAGGUGGCUGAAAUGUUCAAGAUCACGGUCAUCGAUGAUGAGUUAACGGAGCAUCUGUCAUCGGUCGGCCUGCCGCCUAACUACCUCUGGGGCAGUGCGGCCGGGGGUGUUAGCAUGGCAACUCACUCGACCGUCACUGCAGCCUACGGCAGUUUGGGCGGCAUCGGCCCACUAACUAGUGGCCCACCUGCCAUGAAAUUAGAUAGUGCCGAUCUUUCACAGCUGGAGUCGUCUACCUGGAAGAUACCCCAGCCCGAUGAACUUAACGCCAACAAGGUGGUGGUUGAGGGACAGAGUGAAGCAUCUACACUGGCCAACGAGCUGAUGCCGAUGUCCGAGUACAUCACCGCGUCGAACGGUGACCUCAGCACAUUGUCCAAUAUUUCACACCCACUUCAGACGCUUCCUCACGAUGACGAGGAUGACUGCAAUGGCAACAGUCUGGGUCGUCACGCGCGCAGCGUCAACAACACCGCCACUGGUGGCGCUGGUUGUCAUGACGACAUGAACGAGAACGGAAGCCACUGUGGCGGUCUUGAAUCGGACACGCUUGACAUGUUUAGCGAGCCAACCUCACUCGUCAAUGAACUUGACAAUAUUCUCGACGCACGUUCGGAUGGUACUAUCACACCACAGGCUGAACCAGACGCCCAAGGCUAUGCUGAUGACGAUUAUCAUGACCAGAUGGAACUCGAGCUACCGCAACACAAACACACGCCGCAACGGAACGCCAGCAAGUUUCUCUCUGGCCGGCCAACAUUCCAGCUAAAUAUUAACGUAGGUUCGACAGGGCUUCCCGAUGUUAUACCGCCAUCUAAUGGUGAACCUGAAACGCCGAUGACGGCUACAUCGGCCACAACGGCGACGACAAUAUCAACUACAUUAGCGACAAACGCAGCAACAUCUACGGCACUUGGCGAUAAUCCACUCCAUCUAUCGAACGACGUGCUCAUGAAGUUCCAACGAAUUUCCUCGGACACCUCAUAGAGCAGCAACAGAAUUUGA